GAAUGUUCACCUCCCACGACGUCAAUCAAGACGCCACUCGGCGCUCGACGCUCCAAUAAUGACGUCGCGACGCUUCAACAAGCUCCCGCGACCUAUAUUGUAGGAAAAUAAUGGUAAAUCCUCUGUCGAUGAUCCGAAUAAGGCCCAGAAGAUGAAAUUCGCUGAGCAUCUGACGGCUCACAUCACACCAGAAUGGAGAAAACAGUAUAUCAACUACGAGGAAAUGAAAGCGAUGCUGUAUGCUGCAGUAGAACAAGCUCCUUCUGCAGAGCUAGUCGAACCUGAAAUUUCCACUAGAUAUUUCGCCAAAUUCGAUGAAAAAUUCUUCUCUUUCUGCGACAAGGAACUCACCAAAAUCAACACUUUUUACUCAGAGAAAUUGGCUGAGGCAUCAAGGAAAUAUGCAAGUUUGAAAAGUGAACUGUGCGAAACACAAGACCUUGAGUUCAAAGGUAAGAGGAACUCAGUGCGCACCAAGUUGCUAAGGAAGAAAAACAUACCAGCCAGAAAAAUUCAAGAAAUCAAGUUAGCCUUCAGCGAGUUCUAUCUAAGCUUGAUUUUGUUGCAGAACUACCAGAAUCUCAAUUUCACUGGCUUUCGUAAAAUACUGAAAAAACACGAUAAGUUGUUGUCCGUCGAAUUCGGAGCGAAAUGGAGAGUGGAACACGUGGAAGGAUCCUUUUUCCACGUGAACAAAGACAUAGACCGUCUGAUAAGAGAAACAGAGACGGCGGUGACUCAAGAGCUCGAAGGUGGGGACAGACAGCGAGCCAUGAAGCGAUUGAGGGUGCCUCCCCUCGGGGAGCAUCAGAGCCCUUGGACGACCUUCAAAGUAGGGUUGUUCUCCGGAGCGCUCAUAGUGCUUCUCGUAUCAGUCAUUUUGUCAGGACUGUUCCGCGAAAGGAAUGAUUGGGUGAUAGUGAUAAGGCUCUACAGAGGCCCAUUCCUCAUCAUCGAGUUCCUCUUCUUGUGGGGCAUCAACAUAUACGGCUGGCGGUCCUCAGGCGUCAACCACGUUUUGAUAUUCGAAAUGGACCCCAGGAACCAUCUUUCCGAGCAGCACAUCAUCGAAAUGGCCGCCGUUUUCGGGGUCAUUUGGUCCAUUUCGGUGUUGUCGUUCAUCUACAGCGAUCAGCUCGGCGUUCCUGCCUACGCUUGUCCCUUGGCUUUGAUCGUAGUUAUGGUUUUGUUCGUCGUCAAUCCCACUAGGACCUUCAGAUACGAAGCUAGAUUUUGGGCUCUGAGGGUUAUGGGAAAAGCAGUAAUGGCUCCAUUUUUCUACGUAUCUUUUGCCGACUUUUGGGUGGCUGAUCAGCUCAACAGUUUGAUGACACUAUUCACGGAUAUGCAGUAUUUUGUAUGCUUCUACUUAACCAAUACCAGUUGGUCAGAAGGCCAAAAUGCUAAAUAUUGUGUGGAAAAUUUCCUCGCUUUCAGGGCUUUCGUAACUUGUUUACCACCAUGGUUCAGGUUUGCUCAGUGCCUGAGGAGAUACAGGGACACAAAGGAAGCUUUUCCUCACAUAGUCAAUGCAGCUAAAUAUGGAACGUCCUUUUUCGUUAUAAUUUUCUCAGCUCUCAACAAAAUGUAUGCCACAGCUAACGGAGACAGUCCUUUCUUCUAUUUAUGGAUAGCUGCAUCAAUUAUCAGCUCUUGCUAUGCAUAUACUUGGGAUAUAAAACUAGACUGGGGAUUGUUUGACCCCAAAGCAGGUGACAACAAAUUCCUGCGCGAAGAGAUAGUAUAUUCUUCAACGUGGUUUUAUUACUUCGCAAUUGUUGAAGACUUGAUCCUGAGAUUUGGCUGGGCGAUCUUGAUAUCCAUGACAGAAAUGGGAUAUGCGUUAGAAAAUUCAAUGGUGACAGUAUUAGCACCUCUCGAAGUUUUCAGGAGAUUCAUCUGGAACUUCUUCAGAUUAGAGAAUGAGCAUCUGAACAACUGCGGGAAAUUUCGAGCAGUUCGUGAUAUCUCAGUAGCCCCACUUGACACGAGUGAUCAGAUGCUCAUAGUCCGCAUGAUGGACGAAGAAGAUGGGGUUGUUAACAGGAGAAGGAAGAAGAAUAAAAUCGUACAACCUAGGUAUACCUUAGAAGGGGAAUCCACAGACGAUAUGGACUGAUUGGGUUCUGAUGAGACCUUACAUCUUGACUAUGCCCAUCAGUUUCCCGGACCAAGAUACAUGGUGCCCCUAUGAGUAGACGUUGUAAAAUCAAAAUUGUAAUGUUGAUAUUGAAUGGAGUAAAUUAAUGUUUUGU